GUCAAAGGGUUAAAUAACAUGAAGGCACAAUUACCCCAGAAGGAUAAAAAGAGUUACAGCACAAGACUCAAAGACAUCGAUUGGGAAAAAGCGGCAUUUGGGAAUUUUACAGCUGGUGACUGUAAAAGUCAUUUUGGAGAAAUUUUAACAGGGAUUAAAUCGGUGAAGACACUCGCCAUGGUUUUGGAUGAGGUUACAGAAAAACAUGACAGAACUCGACUUAAAGAAGAGGAAAGUCUUGUUACCUUUUUCAUCGUUUCAUGAGAGACAAUUCAGAUAGAAGUCAUAAGAAGCAAUUCACCAAUGGGGGUAAUGGUUUUGUAAAUCUGGCUAAAGCUUGGAAAAAUUUGCCUGAGGAAGAAAAAGAAGUGUAUAGAAAGCCAUAUCAAGAGGAGCUUGCGGAGGAGCGUAUAAGGUUACCUUCGAAAUCUUCACAUAGAAAUAAAAUGAGAAAGAUGUGUCCAUUUGACCUUCCUAGAUCACCACUUGAGAUCUGGAUUGCUGAGGAAAAGAAACUGCCAAACAAAGAAGCUGUGACAUAUAAAGAAUGGAAACAGAAGUUUCAGAAUCUUGAGAAAGAAGACAAAUUGAAGCAUAUCAUUACUUCACUCAGAGAGUUCUAUGAGUAUAAGAAAAGUGCAGAUGAAUAUGUGGAGAAAAAUCCUGAUUUUGUAUUUCCCAUCAUUCAGGGUCCUAACAAAAGUGAUGUACAGCUCUUCCUUGAAUACAGGAGAAUGCCAAUGCUGCCUCCCACCAGACCUACCAUGAUGUAUUAUCAUGAACUCCAGAAGGCUGGAGAGUUGGACCAGUUUUCAGGUUCAGAGAAGCUCGUGGUGGCAAUGGAGAGGUACAAAAACCUGCCCUCUUCAAGAAAACUACACUACAAAUCUUUACUAGAUAAGAAAAUGGAGAAGUACAGAAUGCAGAUGGAUGCCUGGGAAGAGAAUCAAGACGAGUUAACAUUGUUUAUGAGAGCGAGACUACUUGGACGUAAAAUUAAGAAAACGGAAAAUCCUAAGAAAACCGCCCCAUCUGCAAGUACCCGUCGUCAACUGUUAAAACCAUCUGAAGCAUUUGAAAAUACGAUUAAAUUUGAAAUGUCCAUCCCAAAGUUUCUUGAUGAACCAUGCAAACCUCCUAAGAACCCUUUUAUGCUCUUCCGUAUGAAGUUAAAACAUUUGGUCCAAGAUAAAUGUGAAUCACAGUCCCAAGUUAGUAAUGUGUGUUUAAAAGAAUGGAAAAACCUGUCAAAGGAAGAGAAGCAAAGAUAUACUGAACGUUGUGAAGAACUUAAGGAAAAAUAUGCAGAACAAGUGUUACAGUAUGUGAAAAACAUGAACAAAAAUUUGCGUAGAUUGUACGUUGGCGUUCAUCGCAAGACAUUGUUUACAUUCUUUCAACGUGAUAUAUUUGAAGAAGUGUAUCCUAAUAAGAAGUAUCCUGUUUAUUUGUUAAGCCCACGGAAGCAGAAGACGGUGAGAAAAACCAGCGAGGAUAACUUCUCCGGAGAAGUGAGCGAUGACGACUUUACUGCCGAUUCUUUCUCUGGCAAGAACAAUAAUAAAAAUGUUGAGUUUAAAAAGAAUGAGAACAAAAGUGAUUCUUUGCAGUCUAAAGAUAAGUUAUCCAGUGAUGGUUAUGUGAAGUCCAAGGCAGUGGAAGGUACAAGUCAGAGUGACGCUGCAAAAUCAAAGUCAAAAAAAGGCAAAGAAAUAUCUGCACCAACUGUUUCUAUGUUUGAAACCAAAGUAAAAUACUUAGGAACUAAAACUCUUGAUUCAUUCUCUAGUGAUGACGAUCAGAGAAUACAAGAUGCAAAUGUAAAAACAUUUGAGGAAGAAAGUACAAAAACUGAGAGUGACUCAGAAUGUGACAUUGAACGCAGCCAGUCACCUUACAAAGGCUCAGCUGAAGCCUCAUUGACCACCAUACCAAAUAAACUGGAAUCUGAUGACUGCAGCAGCAGUGAUGGUUACUCACAUACACAUGUUAUGCCAGCCAGAAAGACUACAAAAUCUAUCAGAAAGAAAGUAUGAAAGUAAGUUUGAUUAUUGUCUUGGUACACAAUAAACAGUGAAUAUUUGAUAGUCCACAACAAUGGUUCUUUCCUUUGGUUAAAAUAAAAAUUCC